CACAGCCUACCUCUUAUGUCUAAGGCCUGGAGACUCGUGGUCUUCGCGGAGGACCAGCUGGAAGCCACUUUGAUUAUGUUCCAGCACAGAAGGAGGACAAUACAGCCCCGCCCAGAGCCAGGCGCGCCCCCGCGACAGGCCGAGUGCGCGUGUCCGCGCAACUUCCCGCCGGCCAGUCGGGCACCUAGCCCGGGCAGCGGCAACCCGGCGAGGUCGUGCUCGCGCACGCAGGGUGGGCGGAAGAAGCGCAACACGUGCGCGCGCCCUCUACCUCGCCACCGCCGCCGCCUCCUACCGCGUCCCACUGCCUCCUGUGGUGCUGCUUGUGUGCUCCUUUGGCCGACCUGCUACCUCUUUUGUGAAGCGGCAGCCAAGAAGACUGGCGCCGAUGAGAAGCCUAAGGUGAGCUCCAUGCCGCCUUCUCUCUUCAGCUCGCGACAGGCAACGGAAGGAGUCAAAACUGAGAACAAUGACCAUAUUAAUUUGAAGGUGGCGGGGCAGAAUGGUUCUGUGGUGCAGUUUAAGAUUAAGAGGCAUACACCACUUCGUGAACUAAUAAUGAAAGCCUAUUGUAAACAACAGUUGGAAAUGGAGGAUGAAGAUACAAUUGAUGUGUUCCAGCAACAGACAGGAGGUGUCUACUAAAAAGGGAACCUGCAACAACUCUACUCCAGAACUCUGUUCUUACAGACCAAGAAUACAUUCUCAGUUAGAAAACUGCAAUUUGGUUCCACCACAUCCUGACUACUACAGUAUAGUUUUAUCUAUUCUUUCAUUUAUCCCUUCCCCAUUCCUUUAUUGUACAUAAAGUAUCUGGUGUAUGUGCACAAGCAUAUUGCAUUUUUUUUUUUUUACUAAAUGGCCAACAAUAUGUUUUGAUUGACAUCAAAUGGAGAUGGGAUGGGGAAUUACUGGUUCUGUGAAAAAUAAUCCCCUUUCUCCAUUAGUGGCAUGCUCAUCAGCUCUUAUCUUUAUAUUCCAGUAAGUUAUUUUGCUCUCACUGUUUUAACGGAAAAGACAACAUAAAAAUCCUUGCAUACCUUGUUUGAUUGGAGAAUUUUAAUGUUUUUCAUUUAUCAUUGUAAAACCAAGGAGAAUUUUAUAACUUUUUUGUACGUAGCUGUUACAUGUAGGGCAGUCUGUCUUUACGUAGGAGUAAAUUACUCUCAAAAAAAAAAAAAAGAAUCCUAGAUAGUCUUCCCUUAAAGUCAAGUGUCUUGUUGUUUAAGUAAACUUCUUGUUUUAAAAUGAGCUGUUUUCUUUAUUCUGAGGAAUAUUAAAUUGAAAGUUAAAGCUUAGAAGAAACAUGAUUUUAAAGUAAUACCAGGGAAAAUGUGAAACCAGUAUGCUUUUUUGUUGUUGUUGAGACAAGGUCUCAGUAAUGCAGGCUGGCCUCAAACUCGGGCAGUUGUCCUGUCUCAGCCUCUUGAGUACUGUUAUUAUAGGCAUGUGCCACCAUGCUUGGCAUAUAUUUCUAACAGACCAUGCAAAAACAAAAAUAAUGGCUAUGUAGGAUGGCUAGCAUUCAAAGUGCCAACCUCAUCAUCAGGUUUUUUUCUUUCUUUUUUUUUUUUUUUAUUAAAAGUACCGGGGAUUGAUGACCCCCAUACAGUAUUAUAGUUCAGACUGGCUUUGAAAUGUGUAACCCAGGCAGCCAUUGUACCUCAGCUUCCAAGAGCUGGGUUUAGAUGUGUGUGCUAUUGCAUGCAUGUGUGCAUUUUGAGAUAGCUGUGUAUGUCAGCCUGGCUUCAAAUUUGGAAUUUUGCCUCAUUCUCCUGAUUGCUAAGAUUACUGGGCAUUGAGCCCAUGUUAGACAAGUAGUCUUACUGCUAAGCUAUAUUUGCAUCUGUUAGGUUUUGUUUUUUCAGGUUUUUGUUGUUUCGAUGCAAGGUCUCACUAUGUGAGAAUUGAAUUCACAGUGAUUCUCCUGCUUUAUCCUCCCAAGUACUUAGGGCUAUAGAUAUGAACCACCAUGCCAGGCUUUAGUUUAGUUUUGCAGUUCUGGGGAUUGAACCUAGGACCUUGACACUAAACUAUAUCCUUAGCCCUUUUUUAAAUUUUUUGUUUGGAAACAAAAGGUCUUGCUUAAUUGCCCAGGACAGGCUAGCAGUUGUAAUCCUCCUACUUCAGCCUCUUAAAACUGUUGGGAUUAUAGGAAUCCUCUAACAUGAUGGACUAGAGAGUCCUUCUACCCACCCAAUAUUGGGGAUUGAAGCUAGGCCUUUUGACAAAGUUACCUAUGUAGCUCUUUUUAAAUUUUGAGUCAGGGGCUCUAAAUUUACUUUGCCCAGGCUGGAUUCAGACUGGCAAUCCUUGUCCCUCAGCUGCCCAGAGGACUAAAAUUGCAGACACCUUGCCCAGCUCAAAUUUUUUUUGUCUUCUGGGUUUCUUGCAGUUUUGAGAUGAUGGGGUCUCACUGUGUAGCCCAUGCUGACAGAGUUUUGGGAUUACAGGUGUGUGCCACCAAGUCUAGCUCCUUUUUUUUUUUCUAGCUUAGAAUUGAGCUCAAACAUGCUUUGUGCAAAGCUGCUUGAGGGUGAAACAAAAGUAACUUCUCAAAAAUAGCACAGUUUUGGGGCAGGGGAUUUAACUCAUGGCAUAAGUGCCUGCCUGGCAAGCGUGAGGUGAACUCAAUCCCCAGUACCAAAAGAAAAAACGAGUUUGCUUAAUGUAGUGGCAUACAUAUGUAAUCACCGCACUGAGGAAGGAGGAUCACUGUAGAGUUUCAGGCCAGCCUAGGCUACAUAGAUGAGACCCUGUCUGAAAAACAUAGUAUGGUUCUCUUAGUUGGCUUUCUCUAUUGCUCAUAUUUUCAUGGGAAUUUGAUGGUCAUACUGCAUUCUGUCUAAAGCGAUUAAAGGAGUGAACCCACCUUAGAGAAGUGAAAAAGUGUGUGAUCAUGUGGGAGAUUGUUCUCAGGGGAGGCCACUUAGUAUUUGAGGAUGGCUUGUUGGAAAGUUUUUUCCAAGGUCUCUGUGGGGGACCUUGGUGUUUUGGAGAGGGCCACUUGUACUGCUGAGGGUUAUUUUUAUUAGGAUGCUGCUGCUUUUAAGUAUGGCUCACUGAUUAUCAUGAUUUUGUGUGAGAAUCCCCUGGCAAGCUUUUAAAAAUACAAGGGCCUCAGCCUUAUCCCCUACCCCCAGCAUCAAAUGUAUUUUCAAAACAAGAAAUUCAGAGGCAUCUUUGUUACCUGAAUUAAGCACUUUGCAGGCAAGAAUUAAGUGAGAUAAUGCAUGUUUUAGGGGCCCAGCAUAAGAUAAGGAAAAAAAGAAAAAGAAAUAAAAAGCGUACAAGUUAUACAGAAUUUCAGAAAAAAUAAACAGGAAAUCACUAGUUAAUAGAUUACAUAUUGUCAUCUUAGAAAUGGUUGUUCAGGUUACAAAAUUAAAGCAUAUGAAGUGGACAUUCAAGCAGUGAGACUGCAAACAGUUCUGUUCAAUGAUCCAACAAAACUCAGUAAUAUGGUUAUCUAUCUUAUACACUUAAAUAUACAUGCAGUUAUGUCCUUGAGAGCACUUUCUUUUCCUCUCUUUUGUACAAUGACAAUUACACAUUUUAUUAUUCCCACAGUAAUAAAAUUACAAUUUUAUUACUCCCACA